AUGUCAAGAUCCAGAUCUUUCAAUGUCACUUCAGUGAUCUCAACAGGAACCUGGUGCUUUUCACUAUUCCAGUUGGUGCUCUCGGAUCUGCCAUGUGAAGAAAAUGAAAUGUGUGUAAAUUAUACUGAUCAACACCCUAAUGACUGGUACAUCUGGUCCCUACUGCUGAUUUUCUUGGUGUCUCUUCUCUGUGGAGUGGUGCUUUUCUGUCUCCAGUGCUGGCUGAAGAGACCCCAAAAUGAUUCCCCAAGACGCACCAUGGCUGUUUUUGCUGUUGGAGACUUGGAUCUCAUUUAUGGGACAGAAGCAGCUGUGAGUUCAACUGUUGGAAGUCACCUUCAAACUCAAAACCCUGAACAGUAUCCUGUUCCACAUUUUGACACAUUAGGUCCUCCACCCCCAUAUGAAGAAAUUCCAAAAACAAGCCAAUUUUAG